UGGAGCAAAGGUUGUGAUUAUAGCAUGCUGGGAGGCUGAGAGGGCUCUGCUUCCACCAGUCAUCAAACUGACCUGAGAGCUCACUUGCCUGGGGGAAACCUGCAACAUCUGCUCCACGUUACUUCAUUACAGCAGGUAAAAUGGUUUUAAAAAGUGUAGUCCAAGUGGGGGUUUCUUUAACCUGCUUCCUACUUUAUCAAGCCACAUGCACACCUAUCCGAACAGACCCAAACCUCCGUUUUCAAUCUGCUUUCUCAGCUGCCAGGACAAGCAGCAUGUUGGGAGGGCCCCAGAAAUAUGUCACCUUCGACAAGCUGUUGGUUAACAUUGGGGAUGACUUUAAUCCGGACUCAGGAAGGUUCCGCUGCAGGGUCCCUGGGGCUUACUACUUCGCUUUUACAGUGGGAAAGUACCCCAAAAAGCUGCUCUCAGUCAUGCUGGUCAAAAACGGGCAGGAGGUUCAGGCCAUUGUGUAUGAUGAGCACCGCCACAAAAACCGCAAGGUGCAAAGCCAAAGCAUCAUGCUCAGAUUGAAGGCCAUGGACACAGUGGAGCUUCUUCUGCACAACAACCCCAGGUAUGCCUUAUACAGCAACAUGGGGCCCUAUACUACAUUUACUGGCUACCUUAUUUACCCAGACACCUCUGAUCUUUACCUAAGCAACCAUGUGAUUUCCCAGACCUCGCAAGACCAUUAUCACUCAGGGUGUCACUGCCACCAUCGUUCAGUUGUAGAAUCCCCGAAUACUCUACCAUCAAACAGAGGGAAGGAGGAAGUCCCUCAAUCUGCAUUCUCUGUGGCCAGGACAAACUCGCUUCUUGGAGAGGACACCAGCAGAGAGCACAGUGCCGCAAUCUCCUUCGACCUGGAGUACGUUAACAUUGGAGGUCACUUCAACAUGUCGUCUGGGAUUUUCACCUGCCGUUUCCCUGGUGCCUACUACUUCUCCUUCAACGUAGGCAAGCACCCAUUGCGGGCCGUUUCUGUGAAGCUUAUGAAGAACUCCAGAGAGGUGCAGGCCAUGAUCUUUGAUGAGGAUGACUCCAAGCGCAGGGAGAUGCAGAGCCAAAGUCUGAUGCUCUCCCUCCAGCAGGGUGACAUAGUUUGGCUCUACAGUCAGCAGCAUGGACGCUUUGCCCUUUACAGCAACUAUGGCAAGUAUAUCACCUUUACUGGAUUCCUGGUCUAUCCUGACAACAGUCUGUUUGAUACUCACAAGCAACAUGCUAGAACUCAUUUUUAAGAUGUGUUCUAUUCUAAAACACAUAGGCCACUUUCUGGAACUCUCUCAUAUUAUAACCUUAUUCUUAUACUCUAUGUAGCCUAUAUACUGGAACACUGUUUAAUAUGUAUUGCAACCAUUAUGUUCCAGACAAUUGCUGUAAACGUAUACAAUUCUGUGUUAUAUAUUGCCCAAGUUGUCUGAACUCUAAUAAUAAUGCUUUGUAAAGAGGUUUUUAAAUAAUCUUUGGCCUUAAUGCCAAUUGUGGAAAGUUGGCUGAUUAGUGCAUGCUACUGAAUCCUUAGUCAACAUGCUGGCGGACGGUGCUUCCUAUGUACUUUAUUCACAUUAAACUAUAUUAAAAAAAAAACAACAAUCGAGUUAAAAAAAAAGUACAGUCAAAUAAAUAGUUUAACCAGGAACCAAGCUUCAAAUUUCAGAGAAAUUUUCAUUGUUACACCAUUUCAACCAAAAGAAAUGAUCACAUCAUAUAAUUAUUAUUUGUUUAUUUAACAGACGCCUUUAUCCAAGGCGACUUACAGAGACUAAGGUGUGUGAACUAUGCAUCAGCUGCAGAGUCACUUACAAAUGCGUCUCACCUGAAAGACGGAGCACAAGGAGGUUAAGUGACUUGCUCAGGAUCACACAAUGAGUCAGUGGCUGAGGUGGGAUUUGAACCGGGGACCUCCUGGUUACAAGCCCUUUUCUUUAACCACUGGACCACACAGCCUUCCUGUAUUCUUGAAUAUCAUGUAUUCUUGACAACUUUUUAAAACUAAAAAUAUAUAUAUCUUCAGAAGUCUGUUUAUUAAAUUGUGUUUUAAAUAAAUAAAUGAAAAAAAAAAUUCAACUGUA